CGGGCCGUUGGCGUGCCCUUCCAGCGCUCAGAGCAGCCGCCCCGCCCCGCUCGCAGCCGCGUUCUGCGAGCUGCUGCAGCAUGAAGACCCUGCUGAAGUGGUUGCUGGGACUCGUGGGGGUCGCCGUUGUCAUCACGGUGAUCGCCGUUCCGCUGGCUCUGCUCACUGGCGAAAGUACCCCUGAGUCUGAUUCACGAAGAACAUAUACCCUAGAGAAUUACUUGAACGAUGACUAUGUGUACAAAACACAUAAUUUGCAAUGGAUUUCAGGAAAUCAAUAUCUACAUGAAACACCUAAUGGGAACAUUCUACGUUUCGAUGCUGAAACUGGAACAUCCUCAGUAGUCUUGUUAAAUACAACAUUAAGCACAUAUGAGGCAACAACAGCUAUAUUGUCCCCUGACCAGAGGUUUGCUCUUCUGCAGUACAAGUAUGAAAAGUUGUGGAGGCAUUCCUACACAGCUUCAUAUCACAUCUAUGAUUUCAAUGCAAGAGCCAUCUUAGAUGAUGCACUGCUACCUAAUGACACGCAAUAUAUAUCCUGGUCACCCGUUGGUCACAAACUGGCAUAUGUUUGGAAUAAUAAUAUUUAUAUAAAAGCUUCACCAACAGCAGCACCUGUGCAAAUCACUAGCAGUGGAGAAGAAAAUAAAAUUUUCAAUGGAAUACCAGAUUGGGUUUAUGAAGAGGAAAUGUUUAGCAGCCAUUCUGCUCUGUGGUGGUCUCCAAAUGGCAAUUUUGUGGCAUAUGCAGCAUUUAAUGAUACAGAAGUUCCUGUUGUCGAGUAUUCCUUUUAUUCUGAAGACACCUUGCAGUAUCCUAAGACCAUUAGAAUCCCUUAUCCCAAGGCAGGAGCUAAAAAUCCAACAGUGCAAUUCUUCAUUGUGGAUAUCCAAAUGCUCCCUGAUUUUAACACCACUGAAAUUUCUCCACCUGCAGAAAUAAAAUCAGGGGAUCAUUAUUUGAGCGUUGUAACGUGGGUAACAGAUGAAAGGAUCUGUCUGCAGUGGCUCCGAAGAAUUCAGAAUUUUUCAGUCCUCACCAUCUGUGACUUUGAAAGUGCAACUGGAAAUUGGACAUGUCCACAGGAAAAACAACUUACGGAAGAAAGUACAACUGGCUGGAUUGGCAGAUUUCAGCCAUCUGUACCUUAUUUUGCCCCAGACAACACUACCUACUACAAAGUCUUCAGUGACACAGAAGGUUACAAACACAUUCAUUACAUAAAUGGCACAGAGGCUCCAGUACCUAUUACUGAAGGAAAGUGGGAAGUAAUCAGCAUAGCAGCUGUAAACAAAAAUUUUCUGUACUAUAUUAGUAAUCAAAAUGGUGAUAUGCCAGGUGGAAGGAACCUUUACAAAAUGCUCUUGGAAAGCAGUCCAAAAUCUACUCAGUGUGUUAGCUGUGAUUUGAAUCAAGAAAGAUGCCAGUAUUAUUCUGCUUCCUUCAGCAAAGAUGCACAAUAUUAUCAGCUAAAUUGUCUUGGUCCUGGCCUGCCCUUGGCUACUCUGCACAGAAGUAGUGAUGAUCAAGUCCUCAGGUACUUGGAAAAUAAUACUGAGCUGGAAAAUUCAUUGAAAGAUAUUCAAAUGCCUUCAAAAAAACUUGGCUCCAUUACUGUAGGAGGAUACAACCUCUGGUAUCAAAUGAUAUUGCCUCCCCAUUUGGAUUCAUCAAAGAAGUACCCUUUGCUCCUCGAAGUGUAUGCAGGACCCUGCAGUCAGAAAGUAGAUCAUGCCUUCCGGAUUAACUGGGCUACGUACCUUGCCAGUACAGAGCAGAUCAUUGUGGCCAGCUUUGAUGGCAGAGGAAGUGGAUACCAGGGAGAUGAGAUCAUGCAUGCAAUAAACCGAAGACUAGGAACCUAUGAAGUGGAAGAUCAGAUUUCAGCAGCCAGAAAGUUUUCUGAAAUGAGCUUUGUCGAUAAGGACAGAAUAGCUAUUUGGGGUUGGUCUUAUGGGGGAUAUGUGACCUCCAUGGUGCUUGGCUCUGGAAGCGGCGUAUUCAAGUGUGGAAUAGCGGUUGCCCCUGUGUCACGUUGGCAAUAUUAUGACUCAAUAUACACGGAGCGAUACAUGGGCCUUCCUACAGAAAGUGAUAAUCUGAGAAACUAUAACAGUUCAACAGUAAUGGCCAGAGCUGAAAAAUUCAAGGAAGUUGAAUAUCUCCUUAUCCAUGGAACAGCAGAUGAUAAUGUUCACUUUCAGCAAGCAGCUCAGAUUUCCAAAGCUCUUGUUGAUGCUGAAGUGGAUUUUCAGGCAAUGUGGUAUACUGACAAAGACCAUGGCAUCAGCGGUCAAGCACAUAAACACAUUUAUACCCAUAUGAGCCACUUCAUAAAGCAGUGUUUCUCACUGCCCUAGCACAGCAAUGGCAACACCUUUUUGCUUGUUAGUGAUGGUAUUUCUCCAGAAAACUCCUUAGCAAAUGUACUGAACAAGUAUAAACUUUUAAGAUGACAUUAGGGAGUCAGAUCUUGGGAUACCUGAGUAUACAAUGAAGCUCUAAUCUUAAUAAUGAUUUCUGUUGCCAAGCAACCAUUGCAUUUUUUUGAUUGUUUAAUCAAGUCAUUAACAACACUAGAAUGUAUGUAUGUAGGCUACAGACUUCUAGAAAGCACAGUACUUACUUGAAUCAGGAACUUAUGCUUUGAUAUUUCAAUCCUUAAAAAAAAAAAAAAAAAAAAAAAAAAGCAAACCUCCAGCUUGUCUACUGAUGUAACAAAUGCUGAAAAUAACAUCGAAGAGAAACUGACAUGGUAAUCAUGAUGUUUCCCCCCAAAAAUAAUUAUUUCUAUGAAAAUGUUGAUAAAAUUUUGAACAGAUUUUGCUGAAAUUACCUUAUGCUUGAUCAGUGAUUAUUUUAGAAAUAUAUCAGGAAUUCUGCAACAUUAAUAAUUUCUAUGCAGAUUAAAACAGUUUACUUCAGUCCCUUGAGUUAUUAUUUAACUGCAAACUCUUGGAUUACAGUUGCAGAAUCUUGCAAGGAAAGCAUUCAACCAGCUUUUACCAGAGAUUGUGAACGAUACUUAAACCAGUGGCAUUGAAUUUGUUUCCUAUCACUAUACUCUGAUAUUUACUUACUUCAUAGGGAAAAAGGCUGCAACUGUCAAAACCUGUACUGGUACUCUAGCAGAUCACAGUUGUUUCUCCAUGGGACAGAAAUCUUUUUUUUUUUUUUUUUUUUUUUUUAAUAAAUAAAAUCCUAUUUUCCAAUAAGUAAGAUAUAUUCCUUGCAAUCUAACAAAAUAAAUGCUACAAUGCAACUUAGCUGUCACUUGAAGCAAGGACUGGGACUGCAGCUCUCACAUGAUCAAGGUAUUUAGCAAACCUGCCUUUUUCCUUGUAGCCUCCCUUUAAACUUCUGCUUUAUCUUUGGCACUCUAGGUAGGCUUCUCCAGCUGAAGAUAAGAAUGACUUUCUCUUCAUUUCACAUAAAUAGUACAAAAGGGUUGCAUUUUUUCUGAAAAAUGUGCUGCUUAAAUUAAUAAAUGGUCAUUAAGUUAUGAAAA